AUGUCGAUUGUUGUGGAUGUCACUAGAGUAUCAGAUAUGGUAGCUCAAGAUGCAAAUCUGAGUGGACGUUCAGGUACGAGCACUCAUGAUGCAAAUAUCUAUGAGAAAUUUAAGAAGGCGGCUCAAGAUGGGGAUAUAGAAAGACUCUACCAGUUGAUAGCAGAAGAUCCAGACCUUCUAGGUCACUUUGAUAAAGUGCCUCUUUGUGAGACGCCACUACACAUUGCAGCUGAGAGAGGACAAACUCAUUUUGCCAUGGAAUUAAUGACCUUUAAGCCGUUGCUUGCUUCGAAGCUAAACGUGGCAGGUUUCAGCCCAAUGCAUUUAGCCCUGCAAAACAACCACAUUCGAAUGGUGAACGGAUUUGUGGCAAUUGACAGCAGCUUAAUCAGCAUCAAGGGAAAAGGAAGGAUGACUCCGUUGCAUCAUGUGGCUCGAAUUGGCGAUGCAGAGUUGUUGAGUAAGUUCUUGAUUGCUUGUCCUUCUUCCAUAGAGGAUUUGACGAUUAAGUGUGAGACAGCUGUGCACAUUGCCGUGAAGAACCAGCAGCUUUUGGCAUUUAAGGUUCUGUAUGGAUGGGUCAAGAGAGAGAACAGGAAGGAAAUCUUGGACUGGAAGGACGAAGAUGGUAACACAGCCUUCCAUAUUGCUGCAUCAAUGAAUCAGACUGAGGUUAUGAAGUUGCUCCGUAAAACCGUUAAAGUAAAAGCCAAGAAUUUGGAUGGCAAAACCGCGAUGGACAUACUUCAAAGUCACCAAUCUCCAUGUUUCCUCAAAGCAAGAAGAAUUCUCCACAGUGCUAAAGAAAGACUACUUGGUCAUUCCACAACGACCCUUGCGGGAUAUUUGAGCAAAAAUCUAACGUUUAUUGAGAGACAUAACAAUCUCUUGGGUCUGAGCAAUUUGAGCAUGACCGGAGACAUGUCUCUAAACACUAGCAACCGUUACGAUGCAAUACUUGUGGUGGCUGUACUGAUAGCAACAGCUACAUACCAGGCUGGUCUCAGUCCUCCAGGCGGAUUUUGGCAGGAAAGUUCAAAUCCUGCAAAUCAUAGUGAUCCGAAUUUUCACGUUGCUGGGCAGAUGACUAUGGAUUUCGACGUUUCCUUAUUCUUUAAUGUCCUCAACGGUUUUGCCUUUUUAUCAUCUCUAUAUGUGAUCAUAAUUCUCAUAAUUGGACUGCCUCUGUGGAAGUUCAUCUAUGGUUCAACGGGGGCUUUAAGUACUGCGAUGAUAGCAUCUUACCGUACUAUACUCCCGCAUUCAAAUGGCCAACUCGAAGAUAUAUCAACGGUAGUCUUCGCCUUUGGAUUCCCAUCGAUUAUAGUAAUUAUGUUGUUUGUUACUGUCAUGGCAUUCAUUGUUGAUAAAUAUCGCCGGCACCGAGUGGACUUCCCGGCGAGCUGCUUCAGCUCAUUAUAUGUUUUGUGUAUUAAUUUGGUUGAUAUGUUGAAGUAA